AUGGAAGAAGUAUCUCCAAAUUCGAUGACCACCACAAAUGCUUCCUACUACCUUCCGCAUCAUUGUAUCGUACGUCCAGAUAGCCUCACCACCAAACUCCGCGUAGUGUUCGACGCGUCAUGUGCAACCGACACUGGAACCUCACUGAACGACGUUUUGAUGGUGGGACCGGUAGUGCAACAGGACCGUGUCAGCAUUACCAUGCGUUUUCGGGUACCACGAUAUGCCAUUAUUUCGGAUAUCGAAAAAAUGUACCGUCAAAUUUGGGUACACCACCUUGACUGUCCUCUCCAGAGAAUUUUGUGGAUAGACAAACCAGGCGAUCCGAUUAGGGUCUUUCAGCUGAAAACAGUCACCUAUGGAACUUCGGCUGCACCCUAUCUUGCCACAAAAUGUCUUCAAGAACUCGCAAAGCAGAGUAAAUCGUCUCAUCCAGCAGCUACAAGUGUUCUGGCAAACGACUUCUACAUGGAUGGCAUGAUAAGCGGGGUCGACGGUGUGUUAGAAGGAAAGGUUCUAUGCAGCCAGCUCCUACAGCUCCUUGAAUCAGCUGGCUUCAGUCUGCGUAAAUGGUCGUCGAACUCAUCGGAAAUUCUCGAAUCCAUUCCGGCACAUCUUCGAGACGAACGCUUGGUAUUCGACCUUGAUUCAAUGUCUUCAGUCAAAACGCUGGGACUCAAGUGGAUCCCCGCAUCAGACGAACUGGGGUUCCACGUACCUAAAUGGAAUAAUGAGGAGGUCAUCACGAAACGUAUCGCCCUAUCAGACUCCGCCCGUCUCUACGAUCCUCUUGGCCUAGUAGGGCCCGUCAUCGUACUCGCUAAGUGUUUCAUGCAGGAACUCUGGGCAAUCCAGAAAACCUGGGACGAACCAUUGGAGGAAGAAAUCCAACUGCGCUGGUUGCAAUUCCGAAAGGAACUAGCUGCAAUCGAAUCAAUCGUUGUUCCCCGUUGGGUGAUCUCAAUGCAACAACCAAUUAUCAUCGAGGCACACGGUUUUAGCGAUGCAUCCCAACGAGCAUACGGAGCUUGCAUCUAUCUUCGUGUAGUGUCAUCUAAUGCAGAUAUAUCGGUCCAUCUUCUCACCUCGAAGUCUAAAGUCGCUCCGCUUGGGAACAGCAAAAAUCAAAAAAAGAUUAGUCUUCCACGUCUGGAACUAUCCGGUGCACUGCUUCUCAGUCAUCUCUUCCAAAAGGUCCGACACAGCUUGAAACUGGACCUCAAAUGUUUCUACUGGGUAGAUUCCACCAUAGUUCUACAUUGGUUGGCUUGGACACCUUCACGAUGGAAGACAUUUGUAGCAAACAGGGUUUCCGAAAUCCAGCAUAUCAGCGCCGGUGGUAAUUGGGGACACGUGUCUGGACUGGAAAACCCUGCGGACAUCAUAUCACGUGGAAUGUUGCCAACACAACUGAAGGAGAUGGAUAUCUGGUGGCAAGGUCCCACUUGGCUUAGACAACCUUCCCGAUUCUGGCCAUCCCACAUCCGUACGGCUGACGAUGAGUUUUCCUCCGAAGAUCUAGAAGAACAAUCGACAACUCUUCCUGUUCAAUGUCAACCUGCAAAUCCUAUCUUCAGCCUCCGAUCAUCAUUCUCAUCGCUCGUUCGUCUGGUGGCCUACGUACGCCGGUUCAGCCACAAUUGCAGGCCUGCUAAUCGCCAGAAGCAACUCUCCGGAUUCCUCCGUACUACGGAGCUCAACGAAGCUACACAUACUCUGGUUCGAAUUGCUCAAGCCGAAUCGUUUCCGAACGAUAUACAAGCCAUUCGUUCUGAUGGACAAAUCAAACCGAACUCGAAGUUGAAAUCUCUCUCUCCGAUCAUCAUCGAUGGCAUUCUGCGCAUUGGUGGCCGGCUUCGAAACGCGCCUGUUUCCGAAGACCGAAAGCACCCGUGCAUUUUGGCCACCCACCAUCCUCUUACAGAACUGAUUAUGAUAUCAUAUCACGAGAAGCUGCUUCAUGCUGGACCACAGCUGAUCAUCGCUACUAUAUGUGAAAAAUUCUGGCCACUGCGAGUACGCAACCUGGCGCGGAAAGUAGUACACGGUUGCCUCAAGUGCUUUCGCUGCAAACCUUCUGCUCUCGAACAAAUCAUGGGAGAUUUACCUGUUGAACGUGUCACUCCGACAUUUCCGUUCUUCAACACUGGUGUUGAUCUCUGCGGGCCACUAUUCUAUCGACACGCUCCAAGAAAAUCCUCUCCGGUCAAAUGCUACGUGGCAAUAUUUGUGUGCCUUGCAACGAAAGCGGUUCACAUCGAACUUGUAGCAGAUCUUUCGACGAAUGCGUUCAUCAUGGCUCUGAAACGCUUCGUAGCACGGCGUGGUAGGCCAUCCGUCAUCGAAUGUGACAAUGCGAAAAACUUUCUCGGCACCUCUCGAACGCUAGCGCAACUACGCGACCAAUUUCGUUCUCAGCAGCACAAGCACUCCGUCACCACUUACUGUAGUGAAGAAGGGAUCUACUUCAAGUUCAUUCCCCCACGGUCGCCCAAUUUUGGCGGACUUUGGGAAGCCGCGGUCAGAUCAUUCAAGAGGCAUCUCAAGGCAACGAUCGGAUUAACAAUUCUUCUCAAGGAUGACCUCGAAACGAUCCUGACGCAGAUUGAGAGCUGUCUAAAUUCCCGUCCGCUGACUCAGUUGACAUCCGAUCCAGAGGACUUGGAAAUUCUAACUCCAGGUCACUUUCUUAUACAUCGUCCGCUGGUCUCUAUCCCGGAACCGUCAUAUGAAGAAUUGCCUAAAAAUCGUCUGGACCGUUACCAGCAAACUCAAGAAUUCGUUCGACGCAUCUGCAAGCGUUGGAGCAUGGACUACCUGUCCGGACUGCACCCCCGCACCAAAUGGACCCGCCUACGGGAAAAUAUCAGCAUCGGGACGAUGGUGCUGUUAAAGGACGAAAAUCUUCCUCCGCUCAAGUGGCGCUUGGGCCGCGUGACGCAGAUCAUCCGUGGUGACGAUGGGAACGUUCGGGUAGUCUCUGUCCGAACCCAGGAUGGCGAAUAUCGACGCGCAAUUACGAGGUUUGCGCGCUUCCUGUGCAGCAACCAGCACCUGCUGCAUCCAACGACAUUCUCUCCGGCAUGUAACAAGCAAGCCAAGUGCUGCGGCGCUUUUAUGUUGUUAAAUGUUCUAACUGAUAAGAUAAAUUAA